CGAUAAACUAUAAAUAAAGAGAAUGGCGGUUUUAUUUUGGUAUCAGUAAUGAAGUAUCACAAUAUGUUGCGUAUCGCUUUGAUCUGUUGUAUUGCCGGUGUAGCUUUAGCCGGCCCUUCGGUGGCGAGGUCAAGGGCGGAGAUCGAAGCUUUCACAAAAUUCUUGGAGAGCACUAAAACUGACGAUGGUGCGCAGUUCCUCGCUCGUAUACGCGCCUCUCCCCUCGCCAAUGCCGAGGAGAACAGUGGAAAGUAUCAGGGUGACAUCGUGCUGGAUGACUUCAUGAUCGAGGGCAUGAUCAAAGACUUCGCGGCCGGCAGGAACGCUUAUAUCUUCCCUAACACAAGGUGGCCGAACAACACAGUCAUAUGGGAAUUCGGAGAAGGAGAAUUUGAACCUAGACACGAAGAAGCUAUCAUUGAAGGCAUGAAGGAUAUAGAAAAGCAUACAUGUGUGCGAUUCCGCAGACGUGAGCCUGAGGACUUCUCAUAUGUACACUUAACAGGAAAGUCUGACGGAUGCUACGCCCACGUCGGCUACUGGGCGAGGCGGGGCCCGCACAUUUACAACUUGGCGCAUAGCGUUCCCGGUGUCGGUUGUUUCCGUCACGCCACCAUAGUCCACGAGUGGCUGCAUAUCCUCGGCUUCUUCCACAUGCAUUCGACACACGAUCGAGACAAUUACGUCAAGAUCCUAUAUGAGAACAUGACACCAGGAAGUGAGUCAGCUUUUAAUCUCUACACUGAUAGCCAAGUCGACAACCUUGGUGUGAAGUACGACUACGUGAGCUGCAUGCAAUACGGUCCCCGUGCUUUCAGCGCCAAUGGCCAACCAACUAUAGUCGCUCUGAAGGAGCACGAAGGCGUCAUGGGUCAAAGAAUUUUCAUCACUGAAAAGGAUUGGCUUCGUAUCAACCGCCACUACGGAUGCGAAGGAGCCUGGGACUAGAGAAAUUUCAAAGAGUACCUUUAUAUUGUAAAAAUAUAAUUAUAAUAUCGUAAUUAAUUUAUUAUAAUAUUAUUAUAAAAACAUUUGACCCCAGAAAACUGUUAUGGGAGCUCAAUUUUACUAUUUUCCUUAGUACAAAUAGUUCGCCAAGGACUCAUAGGUAAAUAUAUUUAUAUUUAAAGCAAUGCUGGCAUAUAUAUACAUCAAUAUAUCUUCUUACCAUUAUAAAGUUUCUCAUUUGUAGGCACAUGUCCCACUGAUGUAACCGAGAAUAAAAUCUACAGCGACAAAUAUACAUUUACGCCUUUUGUCAUAUCCCCUGUAGCGGAAAAGGCACAAAAUAUAGGGUUACAGGAAAUUCGACGUAGAUACUUAAGGACAAUAAUGUUUAGGUCAUUCAUCGCUAAUAGAUUUCAUAUUCUACUGUCAAAAAGUUAACCGUUUAAAAAAAAAAGGGGUUUGUUUUUUUUCUUAAAAAUACCAUUUUUGCUCUGUCCAAAGUCUGAUGCAAGAGACUAAAAUUAAAUAUAAAAUUUAUAUUUAUUUUUCGUCUCUUGCUAUUUUUAUGUGGAAGACAUGCAAGUCUAUGAAAAUUAUUUAAUUAUUAAUUUUCAUAGACUUGAAUAAUCUGCUAUCUGGUUAAAGUAGCAGCAGUAUUUUUUGCAAAUUCGAGUAUUGAAAAAAAACUCUGCAGUUUAUAAAUCAUUUCAGAAUGAAUGUUAGUACACGAAACGGCCCCAUUAGAAAAAAAUCCUAGCUACACCAAUGAGUACCGAUUAAUAUCAGUGAAAGUUCAUUCCAAAUAAUUAAGCCUUUAAUAUGAAAACUUAAAAGGUUUUAAUUACAAAAUGUUCGUCAACAGCGCAUCAAACUUCUUUAUUUAUUUUUUUCACAAUAACAAGAUAUACCGAUAUAUCCCUUCGCAAUCGCUUCGAAGGGUGCGGUUUCGAGUCCCGUCUGCUGCCUGGUCCGCGUGUAAUUUUUUCUAGUUAUAUUUUCUUUAGAUUUAAACAUCAAGCAGUUACAUGCUUUAAAAUAAUAAAAAUUAUAACUAUAAUUGCUAUUUCUUCUUUCAAAUGUUUAAUACUUGUAAAGUAUUCAUUUCACAUUGUGGGUUACCUAUAAUGCGAAGAGAUGGCGCUGCCUUGCAGCUUAAGAAUGGCUAGAAGAAUUUCGACGUGGUCCGUGAGGGCCGCGGCAGCAUAAUUGGUCAGUGCAUUCGCCAGGAUUGCGAAGGGUGCGGGUUCGAGUCCCGUCUACUGCCUAGUCCGCGUGGAUUUUUUUCUAAUUAUAUUUUCUUUAGACAUUUAUCUUUAGACAUCAAGCAAUUACAUGCUUUAAAAUAAUAAAAAUUAUAAAAAAUAUUUUGUUUCUCCAUUUUUAGUGUUAUGUGAACAUCCUUUUUUGAAGUCUGUUAAAAAGAGGUUCCUUGCAUCCGCUCAUUUCAUCAGUGUGUGAUGGAAAUUGUAAUUGUGAAACACCACUCUGUUUAUUAAAAUAAAAUCUUUAUAACACUACACCAAUAAGCCUAGCUCUAAAGUAAGCACUGUGUCAGGCUUUUGUUAUAGGAUACUAUGGUAACGAAAUACAUUGCAAUGAUACAUAUUUAUGUAUAUUUUGCAAGUAAUUUAUAUAAAAAUACUGACUAAGAAAAUUCGAUGUAGGUAGGCGUUACCAUCCUAGGCCUCAUCAUCGCUUUCCAUCAGGCCAGAUUGUGGUCAAACACCUAUACUAUUCAACUUUAAAAAAGAACGAACCCAGGUCCCCUGAGUUUGCAACACCUAUAAAACUGGUUUACAUGUAGUGGGAUGAUUUGAUAAAUCGAACUUUCGCGAAAAUCCUUGUGACUCACCAAAACAGGGAUAAAUUAGACAAAGAUGACAUUCCUCAAUCUUCCUGAAAAAAGAAAUGAUUUUUGAAUAAACGCAAAUCGCCUCAGUAAGAUUGCGAAAAGAAUCGUUGGCUCAUUAUAAAUAUUCUUGGGUUUUUGGGUUCACACUAGGUUAGGUUAGCGUAGUGCCAAAAAAAACGUGAACAGUAAGAUUGAGCAAUGUCGCCAUUGUUUAAUGAUCCGUGUUAUCCCAAUAUCUCUAGGAUUUUCGCGAAACUCACACCACAGAGGUUUUCAGUGUGACAUGUGAUGACAGUGUAAAUAAUCCAGUCAAUAUAGACAUUCCUUACCCACAAACUUAUUCACGAACACCACUCUUUUGGAAAUAUUCGUUUUUGUUGGGUUAGGGGGCAUGUAGGGAUUGCAGGUAACGAGGCUGCGGAUGCUGAGGCCGGUCGCGCUGCAGGUUUGAGAAGGGCUCCUGAUUACGACCGAUUCCCAUUAUCAUAUGUAAAGCGCCUUUCUAGGAUUCGCAUUCGCAAAGAGUGGGAGAAACGAUACCAAGAGGCUGCUCAAGGCUCCCACACUCGAGAUUUAUUCCCCUCUAUAACAAUGAUUCACAAUUUUUUCUUAAUCAUCUCUUCCUCUUCAUUCUUUCUUAGUCAAUUUUUAACAGGACAUGGUGCCCACCUUUCUUAUUUAUACCGCUUUCACAUUGCUGCAUCUAGCGCAUGUCCAUGUGACACUCAGACGCCACAAGAUCCUCUUCAUCUUUUGACUGAUAGUCCAAGAUUUACUAUUAAUAGACUUAGACAUACUGCCAUAUGCUCACACAGCAACAUUAACCCGUUUCAUAUUCCUGAUCUUAUAUCGAAACCAAAACUGCUCAAAUCUUUUGUCGCACUCGUUGAAACUAUCUUCUCAAAACUGAAAUCUUUCAAUAACUCUUCUUUACCCUCUUCCUCCCACUGAGUUGGUAUAUUCUAAGUUUUUUUUUUGAGCUUUAACCAGAAAUCUUCGUUUACGGCACGAUAUACCUGUUGAGGCUUCUAGAUUUCUUCUCGGUUUAUCCAAAUCAUGAAUACAUAUCCAUAUAUUAGAUAUACUCAGAGUUAGUGAAGCAACUUUAGAAUUUUUGCUAAGGCUUCUAACGAGGCCUGUUCAAAGGCGUCCUUUCCGCGGCCGCCGGAGAUGCGAUCCAACACAGAUAUGUACUUAAAUCGGGGCCUAUUUUGUUUUUUGUUCCCCCACCGUCCUUUGGUGUGUCUUGACUUUUACCCACUAAGAUAGAUACUUACAAGUUUAAUUAUGCAUUUAGCAUCACAAUAUAAUGUACAUUACAAUAUUGCACUGUUAAAGCCUGCGCUGCCUUAGGCGGGACGUCGGACGGGCGCGAGUCCGCUCGCCGUGCAGUUUUUUUUUUGUGUCAUUUCUCGGAGCGCUGGUGCUGCUAUAUGAAAUGGCAUGAAGCAAGCGCGCCGAGCGGGUGCCCGCUCUGUGUCCCGCUUAACGCAGCGCACGCUCUUAGUUUUUUUUUUCUGUGAAUGUUAUAAUUACGUUAUAUUAUAUAAUAGUUUAAAAGUGUAUAUAAUAAUUACCUUAGGACUCAUUUGAUGAGUAUGAUUGCGUGUGUGUGUGUAUCUCUCUCUGUAUGUGUGCAUGAGUUUGCGUGAAUGUGUUGAGUGAACCCUGUAUUCUAUUAAUAACGCAUACUUUUGAUAACCAAAGCACUACGCAUUCGCUUCGAAUUGGCUGCUUCCACCCUCCCAGCUUCAGAAUACCGCGCCUUCAACAGUCCCUAUUAGUCGACCUUAUUGGACGAUGGUACCAGUUGAUGUGCCUGUGAUUGGCCAUCGACGGCCAACUCGAAGCAAACGAGUAGUCUUUAACGCCACUAAUGUGAUUCAACUUUUCUUUACUUUGUUUUUGACCUCCCUAUUUUCUUGUAUACCUACUUUUAUCUUUACUAUCCUUCUAUGCUUCCUCUUUCAGACUUCUGCCCGUGCCCCUGGCUGUAUCAAAUAGCAGCCUCGAGCACGGACAGUAUAUUAUUAAACAUGUUGAAAUUUGAUUAAAAAUAACAUAAUUAAAAAGACAUAUUGUAAAUAAUCGAAUAAAAAAAUUAUGAAAAAAAAAUAUAGACAUUCCAGUUUGCAUUAAUUCCCAACAAGCUGGAUUUUUGUGCAGGCCUUGAAUACGUCAUUACAAGUGUUAUGUCAAAAGUCCCCAUCGAUCCCGCUUGUGCGUUGUUUUUUAUUCGAGGUCAAAGGUCACAAAUUUGCGUUUUUUGCGUAUAUCCCUGAAACAAUGAGAGCUACCGAAAAAUAGUUCAAACAAAGUUUGUAGAUCGUAAAAUUGUCUACAAAAAAGAUCUCAACACUUUUCUUCUACAAAGCAUCGCUUUCGAGAUAUCGUGACUUUAGACCGCAGGAAAGUCGUAUUUUCGACUAUAUGCACACAUUUCCGCACUACCUCUGAGGUAGUGUACACGGCGCUUUCUUUUUAACGAAUAGGAAUACUCCACAAUAUAUUUUAAUCGAGAGAAUGUAAUGGGACACUAUUUUAUUGAUGAAAUUGUUUUUUAUUUAAAUUUAACGAAAAUUUUAACAGCAAGAAUAUUACAUCAUCAUUCAUCAUCAAAUUCUUCAUGGUCACUCGUUUCUUCCUCUUCACUGUCUUCUUCCUCUUCUUGCUCGAUUUGUAUAGACUGCUCCAAGAAGAGAGAUAUAUCAGUUAUAUCCUCAUCAAUUUCGAAACGAUCUUCAUCUGUUGAAAGACGAAAUGACGAACGAAACGAAUUCAAUAAAGGUUUUGUGGCUAGCAUUCUAAAAGAAAAGUUUUUACUGUGUGACAAUACUUAUGACCUGACUGUGUAGAAGUGUCCACAAAAUCAGAAAUUCAUUAAAAGGACUUUGCCUUUAAAUGAAUUUCUGAUUUUGUGGAGCUUAGUUAUAAUCGGUUAUACAGCUAUAUUUAUUUUUAUUUCUAUUAACUUUCUUAAAGUUAAUAGAAAUAAAAAUAAAAAGUAACUCGUUAAGCGAGUGUUUAUCACUAUUAUAGGAAAUAAAUAAAUAUUUUUCUAACAUGCAUUAAAUUUUCAUAUAAAACUUAGACGCAACUGUCAGUUUAACGAUUUCUUUAAAUUUUCAUCUUAAAGAGUCUAUUGCCUUUAGAUUGUAAAUUGUAUAAAUGACCUAACCCAUAAGUGAUCUCUAAAUCCGUAGUAGUUUCAUUAAAAACGCAAUCAAAAGCCUAGGAUAAGUCGCAAAACACUUUUAGAGCGUCAUACGAGGUCUCCCAGAUGUCAAUUUUUUUUGGAUGUGCAUCGGUUGUAGCACAGAUAUAGGAUUGAAGUUUACUGGCCACACUCCAGUCGAUGCUCGGACAUCGACCUAUGUGGCAUUGAGGACGUCAGAAAUGCAUGAUUCGAUAUUUAAAAGUUUGUCAUUGAACCAUAUGACCCGCCUGAUGGUAAGCGGCUACCAUCGCCUAUAGACGCUUGGGAUAGCAAAGCUGUCAAGCUAAGCUAGAGCUGUUAGAUAACAAGGGUAGGCACCCUUACCAAUUCUACUACCUCGUGGAGCCCCGGAACCAUACUUACUUACCGACAGAAACACAGCAUCACCAAAAGGCAGUGUUAUUUCACUGUGGUCUCUGCUCUGUGCUAGUUUUCUCCUAACCAUGGUAGAUUUGGUAGGUAGUUUACUAUGGUAUUUUUUUUCCAUUCCAUGGUAGUUUUUGCUCAACCAUGGUCAUGAACCCAUGGUAGUAUUUAUGAUAGUUUCCUCAAUAUAUGGUGGUUUUCUAUGGUACUUAUAUUUUUAAUUUAGUUCUAUCCGAGUGUUCAACAAAUCUGAUAUGGUCAUUAUAGUAUACAUUAAUUUGGUCGACACACAAAAAGUGUGCCCGUGAUGAUAGCUCUCACCAGAAAGUUAAUUGAACUUGUACAGUAACAAUUGUUCGUGUGAAUACCGAGUUUUAAUUUAAGGCGCACCGUUUGCAAUGGCAGUUACGACAAACACAAAGGUGCCACCUACUGGUGGUCGCAAACACUGCGGUUUCCAUUAGAGAGCAAAGGUCAAACACACCCAACGGCGGAAUAUAACUUUCGACCUUCUGUAUCCUCAAUACGCGUCCAUUGUUCUGCCAGCUGCUCAACACUGACAAGACUGCCUGAACGGCUGUGAUAAACGAGGGGGGCGGUCACCAGAUUCCUCCAGUACUCCUUUCGUCACCUGUUGCCGCCGACUUCCAAGAAGCCGUCUACUCAGCUCAAGGUACGAGGUGUUUUAUUCGGUGAUUGACGCAAUUUUCGCAAACCUACUGUUCUCUGUCGUUAGCGACAAACUUUAGGAUUACUUCCCAAGUGAGUUAUCUACCCUGAUUGAGUAGGAAAUUCAUCCAUCUUCCCUCGGUCUCACACAGACCUACACCUGUUACUUGGGGAUUCAUUUCAUAAUCGAUAGCAGGCUAGGACUAAUAAUCUCACUACUCAUAGUAAGUAUAAGAACACUAGUAUAACGUAAAUUUUCCAUUCGCGAAUUCGAUAUGUGAAGUCGAUGAAUUUCAAUCAGAUUUUUAGAUGGUCAAUCGAUUCCAUAAAAUUGAAGCUUCCGGCAAUAAAGUUCCCGAGGGAAAGGAGAUUAUUUCAGGAGAGGAGGAUGGGUAAGUCAACUGUCGUGACCUAAGGUUGCGUGAGCCGAACGAGCGAAGAUAGCGUGCCGCGGGAGCAGCCGGUGAAGCCCUAGAAUCUCGGUCUGAACCUGAAGUCAAUGAUGCAGCCUGUAGAAUUCUAAACCCGUAGAACAAAUAUCAUGUCAUGCUUAGAGGAAUGUAACUAACUCAUAUUAUAAAUGCGAUGGUGAUUUUGUUUGUUUGUUACGCUUUCACGCCUAAACCACUGAACGGAUUUGGAUGAAAUUUGGUACGCAUAAAGUUUGUGACCUAAAUUGAGACAAAGCAUACUUUUUUACCCGGGAGAAAAUAAGUUCCUGAGGGAUCUUCAAACAAAAACAGCGACGAAGUCGCGGGCGGCCUCUAUUCAUAAAUAAGUCUUUACUUUUUAUAUAUAUCAUGUUUUAAUUACAGAAUGUAUACAUUAUCAGCUUUUCAAAUCUUUUGUUUAUUUUUCCACAAUUAUUCAAAGUCUUCUAGGUGCUCAAAUUCGUCUGCCGGCGGUUGAUCAAGUUCCUUCUCCACUAAAUGCCCGUUUUCAGCUUGUACGAUCGCUGUGGUUCUAGCCUUCGUCAUAGCUUCAUCGCUCCAGGCUCCAGGACAGUUGUAGUGGCGUUGCAGUCUCAAAAUAUCCCAGCCAGAAAUAUGGUCAGUUUGACCUAAGACACCGUUGUA